AUGGAGGAUUCGCUCAACCCGUCGGUCGUCGAACUGACGCCGGAGAAGUUCAAGGCCGAGGUUUUGAACAAGGAUGCUGAAAUCACUUGGGUUGUCGACUUCUUUGCCCCAUGGUGCGGCCCUUGUCAGCAACUCGCACCGGAGUUCAACAGGGCGGCUCGAAUGCUGCGUGAUCAUGAUUCGGAGAAUGUCAAAUACGGAUCCAUCGAUUGUCAGGCCCAUCGGACCCUUUGCGACAACGAGAAGGUUACCGGAUACCCAACCGUUCGUCUCUUCCCGGCCUCCAGUGUGCAGAAGCAGCGCAAGCUCGGGAAAAAUCUAAAUUAUCCCCAAAACAUGUGGCGGAACGCGGAUUCGAUUUCCCAAUGGACGAUGGGAUACCUUCCUUCGCUAGUCGUCCCAAUGGGCAACGAAUUUUUCACGGAGGUUUUGGAUGCGAAGACUCCAUAUCUAGUCGAUUUCUAUGCGCCUUGGUGUGGGCCUUGUAUGCGAUUUGUUCCGGUAUUUGAUCAGAUUGCCAAGGCGUUGGAAGGGCGUGUUCAGUUGGUGAAAGUCGAUUGUGAUCAAUGGCCCGGUGUUUGUCAAGGAGCCGGGAUCCAAGCCUACCCGUCAAUUCGUCUGUACCGCGGAGCAAAGAAUGGACGACGUCAAGACGGCUGGGGCAUCUCCAUCCAAUCGCAAAUGAAGAACGAUAUCAUCCAGGUGGUCAACAGCUACCUGGGCCCGGUGAAGGACGAGCUU